AGCAGCAGCAGCAGCAGGUCUGUGCGCGCUGCCUGUGCCGGGAAUAGUCCUUUAACCAGGGCUUAAAGUCACAGACUUGUCCUUUAUUGGAUUUUCUGCUCAGAAUUGUCUUGGUUUUUUUGCCUCUCACACAUGACACGACCUCACGGACAUUUUUACACGUGAUAAUUUGGGUUUUUAAUGAUAUAUAUUAUAAUUUGGCCUCACUUUUACGCACCAAACAAACUGGAUUUAGCUGGAGAUCUUUGGGACAGUUGUUUUUUUGGACUGAAACGUGGUCAGUAUGUUCUCACUCCUGCUCGGACUGGUGUGUUAUGGUGCGCUGGGCUCUGGUCAACCUGCGAGCGGCCAGACGGACGAUGGCAAGCGCUACAUUUGCCGCGCGGUGCCGCUCAGUGGAGACGCCAGUUGUCCCGUCACCUUGUUACCGGAGCUGAGCGCCGGGGGCCAAGAAGAGGAGCUGAGGAACACCGUCAUGCAGCUGCGGGAGACCAUUCUACAGCAGAAGGAGACCAUUUCCAAACAGGUCGGCACCAUCAAUGAGCUGACCACCAAGCUGUCCCUGUGCGCCGCAGCCACCGACGGCAGGAGGUACGACAAGGGGGGGACCUGGCUGGGGAAGGAGAAGCAGAACACGAUGGGUGAUGUUCCCAGAGACCCCAACGACACCGUGGAGAGUCUGGGGAAAACCAUGCAGGGGCUCAAAGACCGGCUGGAGAACCUGGAGCAACAGCAGAUGCGCGCCAACGUCUCCGGCGCCUCGUUCCCCAGCGAGCUGCGGGACCUGCUGCAGCGUCGCCUCGGGGAGCUGGAGAAGCAGCUCCUGAAGAAAGUCAGCAGCCUGGAGGAGGAGAAGAGCAUGCUGACCAACGCCACGGCCGCCUACAGGCUGAAGACGGAGAGCGCGCUCAACGCGCUGGUGGAGAGGAUCAGUGAACUGGAGAAAGGAGGAGGAGACUUUAAAUCCCCGGAGCAGUUCAAGCUCUCGCUCCCCCAGCGGACCAACUACCUGUACGGCCGCAUCACCAAGACUCUGCCCGAGAUGUACGCGUUCACACUCUGCAUGUGGAUCAAGUCCAGUGCCAGUCCCGGGAUAGGGACGCCCUUCUCAUACGGGGUGCCGGGCCAAGCCAAUGAAAUCGUGCUCAUCGAAUGGGGCAACAACCCGAUAGAGCUUCUCAUUAACGACAAAGUCGCCCAACUGCCCUUAGAGGUGCGCGACGGGAGGUGGCACCACAUCUGCGUCUCCUGGACGACACGAGACGGCCAGUGGGAGGCUUAUCAAAACGGGGGGAAGUUGGGGAGUGGGGACAACCUGGCGGCCUGGCACCCCAUCAAAUCUGGAGGGGUCAUCAUCCUGGGGCAGGAGCAGGACGUGGUGGGCGGGCGCUUCGACGCCGGACAGGCCUUCGUGGGCGAGCUGAGUCAGGUGAACAUAUGGGACCGCGUUCUGAAGCCGGUCGAGAUCCAGUCAAUGGCCAACUGCAGCUCGUACCUGCCUGGAAACGUGGUCUCCUGGCUGGCGAGCAAUGUGGAAGUAUUUGGGAGGGGAGCGUUCAAGCGGCCUCUGGAGGUGUGUCAGGAGCGGCUGCCCAACGCUUAAAAACUGCCCGUCUGCCGUUUGCGCUCAUUUCCAUCCACUCAGCAUUUUUCUCACUGUGAGGAUGUGUGUGUGUGUGUGUGUGUGUGUAACUGUGUCGUGUUUUCCGCUUUGCACGUUGUGUAUAUUUGGGAGAAACGAGCCUGAUGGGAUUUCUUAAAGGGCCAGUGAGUAAGACUUGGCGAGAAUUAGUGACUCCCUUUCGUAACCACGUCAGGGAACUACGGUGGCCUUCACGUACUUAACUCACAAGUCCAUUCAAGUCUUGAGCAGACAUCUUGAGUCUCAAAAUGAGUCUCACCUUCAGUACUCAUUGUGACAGUGGAUUCACAUGUUUGUGUACAGGUGUGGCACUUGGUGCUAGACGUGGCUAUCAAAGGUUAGCAGAACAGUGUCUGUCAACUGUUUAGCAAGAGUUGCUAACGUUGCUAAAGUCCCAGUGAUCUGAAUCUGUAUGCCACUCCCCUCUUUUUCAGUCUUUGUCGAUUCAUACAUUUGGUUUAUUUGGGCGAUUGUGUACGUAGUGUAGUUAGCUCACACUCAGGCUAAGUGAAUCUCUCUCUCGGCCGCGCUAACACCAGCUGCUAACCUUGACAGUGGCUUUGCCUGAUGCUUAGUGAACUAGUGAAGGUUAUCACGGUUCACUGGGUAGCAAGAGUUGCUAAUGUCGCUAAAGUCAUGGUGAUAUGACGUCCUCCAUGUCCGCCACUCUCAGGCGCACUUUGACGUAGAAGAAAACAAACCUACAGUGGGGAGAUGUAUUAAAUGCAUGAGCGCACAUUUCAUUUGCUAGCACCUGUUGCUAUAUUUGCAAACUGAACAUAUUAAACAUUUUAAAACUGAACAUUUCUCAAUUUAAAGUGCACGAGAAGCAUUUCAGUUGAGUAAGAUGUGAGUCAGCUGUUAAGGCUACAAAAGCUACUUUCGACCAUUUGUACCCACGGUUCUCAAACUGUGGUAAUUGGAUGAAAAUCAGAACUACUUUAUUUACUGUGUAAAUAGGCCUUUGCUUGGACUGCUUACACCACUUUUAACUUUGGUGAUAAUAGUGUUACUUCAAGAGCUUAGUGGUACUUGGUAUGAAAAGAUUGAGAAGCACCGAUUUAAAUCCUAAAUGCACCGUAGUGCUUUGUUGUUACGCGGAGGCUGAGCAAUAAGAGAGUUACAUGCCGUUCUUUUUCUUUCGCCCGCAUUGAUUAAGCUAAUUAAAAACCUUCAGUGACUUUCGUUCACCUUCACCAAAGUGAGAAGGUACGCAGGUACCGCACGCAGGUACUGCAGCUCUACGGCACCAGAGACGCAGACGAGUGUGGAUCAGUCCUGCGUGGGCAUGUGAGCCAGCCGGUGCGUGCUGUGUGGGAGGAAAAGAUUAAAGCUCUUGCCAAUGUUAUUCCUUAACCAGGACAAUGGGCUGAGAGCCAAAAUGAAUGAAGCCUUUCAUCCUGACAGGUUUUUAUUUUCUUGAGAAAAUACACUCUUUAUCUGCCGUGUGGUUCCUGGACUGGUUCUGGUUCUGGUUCUGGUUCUGGAGCAUGUGUUUGCACACAGCUGAAGAGUGGGCAAACUUCCAUCUGCAUGUUUCACAGUGAUACUCGUGAGUCUGCCUUUUGUGUUUCCUCAGCAUGUGUUAAAAAAGGAAAAUAUCCUGUUACAAAGUUAUUUACAGUGUUACAAUUGUGGUGUGAUGUGUCGAGCUGUCUAACUGACUAGCUGUCUAACUGACUAGAUCAAACAUUACAGAACAGUAUCAACAUGUUCAUAUAGUGUCUAUAAAAUCACUAUACACUUCUCUCCUGUAGAUUAUACUACAACAUCUAUUUGAGGGAAAAUAGAGAGUUUAUAUUUAGAACAUCAUUUAACAGUGGAGUUUCUAUAAAAUCGACUUCACUUCAUCUCCUGUAGAUUACAUUAUAACAAGUAUUUGGAGAAAAAAACAUACAUUUUUAUUUAGAAUAUUAGUUAAUAUUGUCUCCAUAAUUCAGUGUAGUGCCUAUAAAAUCACAUUAGACUUAAUGUAUCUCCUGUAGAUUAUGCUACAACAUGUAUUUAAGGGAAAAAAGGAGAUAAGGAAUUAGCAUUUCAUUAAAACCAUUAAUAACUUGUUAUUUCCACGUCCUCCUUCAUGCUAUUAAUAAGCUAUUACAUGAUUGAUACAGAAAUAAGAUGGUAUUACUCUCCUACAAUAUCAUGGCGAUGUUGUUACUGCUCUGUAAUGUAAAGUGCUUCAUUCAUGUGAAGUGAGAUGUGUGUGCCGUGUAAUUAUUCUGUCCAGACAGAUUUUUACUUUCAUGACGUCGUCCACUUUGUUUCGUGGCCUUUGAAUAAAAAACUCAAGUGCCACUGAAUGUUUCUCAAUGUUGCAAAUGUCCUUUGAUGAGGACAAUGAUGAGGAAAAUAAAAUAAAAUAAAAACACUGCUGCACAA